AUGCGGUCGCUCGCGCGCGCGGCGUUCGGCGCGGGCGUCGCCGCGUCGCUGCUGCUGCUGUGCUCCGCUGCGCGCGGCGUGGCACAGGCGUCGGUGCUGUCGCGCGUCCGGGCCCGGGCCGGGGUGGGGAUGCGUGGGAGGAGCUUGCUGGCGUCCCUCGAGCCAGCUGGGAAGAUGCUCAAGCCGCUGGACCACUACUACGACAACGCGGAGAUCGAGGCGUGGCUGAAGGACUUCACGUCGCGCUGCGGGCACAUGUCCAGGAAGUACUCCAUCGGGAAGAGUCUUCAUGGGCAGGAAAUCUGGGUUCUCGAGAUCUCGGACCGCCCCGGGGAGGAGGAGCCCGAGCCGAACUUCAAGUACACGGGCAACAUGCACGGCGACGAGCCCCUCAGCCGGGCGCUGAUGCCCGCGCUGGCCGAGUGGCUCUGCGCCAACGCGGAAUCCGACCCCGUCGCGGCUAUCAUCGUCAACGACAUGCACCUCCACCUCGCCCCCUCCGUCAACCCCGACGGCUUCGCCGGCCUGCACUCGAUGUCCCGGGAGAACGCUGCGGGGGCCGACCUCAACCGCGACUUCCCGGACCCCAUCCAAGGCGACGUCCACCACCCGACGGGGCGGGAGCAGCCCGAGACGCAGGCGCUGAUGGACUGGAUCCAGCGCGGGCCGAAGUUCGCCGGCGGCGCGGCGAUGCACGAGGGCGCAGUGGUGGCCAACUACCCCUGGGACGGAAGCGAGGCGGGCUUCGGGGGCUACGCGGCGUGCCCCGACGACGCGGCGUUCCGGCACCUCGCGCAGACGUACGCCGACGCGCACGAGUGGAUGCACACGAACAACGCCGAGAGCUUCGUCAACGGCAUCACCAACGGCGCGGCGUGGUACCCCGUGUACGGAGGCAUGCAGGACUACUCCUACCUCGUCGGGGAGUGCUUCGACCUGACGCUGGAGCUCUCGAACGCCAAGCACCCGCCGGAGAGCACGCUGCACAAGGUCUGGAAGGAGAACGCGGACGCGCUGCUGGCGCUGCCGCUGGAGGCGGGGUUCGGCGGGCUGCGGGGCGCGGUGGUCGAGGCGGGGGACGAGGGGGCGACGGGGCCGUGGCGGUUCCUGCGGAGGCUGAUGCGGGACGCGCACAGCGGCGCGGGCACGCCCCUGCGCGCCACCAUCGAGGUGGAGGGCAUCGACUUUGCCGUGACGUCCGGCGAGACGUUCGGGCAGUUCUACCGCCCGCUGGCGCCGGGGACGUACUCCGUGACGGCAUCGGCGCCAGGGUACGCGUCGGAGACGAAGCAGGUGGUGGUCAGGCCCGGCGAGGGGGGGGUGUUGUACUUCCACCUGGCCAAGUCGGACGGGAAGGCGCGGCGGGCGGGAGCGGCGCGGGCGCUGCUUGGGCAGAACGCUUCGCAGGGCGCUGCGGGGCCCGCGGAGAACGCGUCCGUCGCCGCGGACGUGGCGGGGGCGGAGGGCGCAGCGGCCCUCGCGGGCGGCGGGAACGGGAGCGCCGGGCAAGUGGCAGCGGGGCUGACCGCGCGCCCGCGGUCGGGCUUCCACGAGCGCGUUGAGGGCGGCGCGACGGUGGAGAAGUGGAUGGUGAUGGCGGCGUCGGCAAUGGGGCUGGCGCAAGUAGCUGCACUGGCGUGGCUCAUGCUGCGCGGGGGCAAGAGGCGGCGGCUCGCGAAGCGACCGGGUGCGCCGCACGUCACGAUGCUCCCCGUGUGA